UGGGGGAAGCGCCGUCUGCAGAUGCCUGCCAUUGAUCGCUUGUUGGCUGCUGUUGCUGUUGCUAGAUUAGACCAAGCGUCCAUGUUAGUUUUAUUGUAGGUUAUCGUGGUUUUGUGCGGGAUUCUCAAAUCCCUCCUGGACUUAUAGGUAGUGUAUGUGUCUUGUGAUAUAAGCCGGCUGCAUGUGGAGCUCAGGGGCAUUUAUCUUCCCUCCUCAAGGAGUUUAUUACCAGCAUAUGGUGCAGACAGGCAUGACGCCGUCGCCGUACGCCACACAGUUCGCCCAGAACGGCGAGGCUGCUGGUCCUCUGAAGGCGGCGGAAGCUGGUAAAGAAGCUCCCGUAGUGCCUGGACCACCCUUCUCCCCGCCACCUGCCACUCUACCUCUCAACGGCAUCGAACAACCCUCCGUAACAAUUAAGGAACAGAGACCACCAUUUACCGAGACAGUUACAGUAAGUACACUACUUCUUAUCUGUUUGCAUCGUAUAUUUAUUCAUUUGUAA